AGCUGUGCUGCAAAACUGAAUGGAGAACUUGCUUUUUUUCGCUCUUUGUGUGGACAAAAAAGAGGAAAAAGAGUUCUGUUCCUAACAGACUUAAAAUGAAGCUGCUGUUUGUUGUCCUUCUCUUAUUAGAUAUUUGGGGAUUGAGCGGACUGCAGACGGUGGCGGAGUCCGGCAUCCUUUCCCUGAGACUUGACUUCCCGUCGGUAUACAGCGGACACGUCAAGUCAUGCUGCAAGGUGUACCCCAGCGGGUGUCAAACCCUCCUGGACAGCACGGGCUACACCGCCGACUUCCUGAGAGGAAGGGUGAGCGUGACGCAGACAAACAGCUGGAUUGAGUUCAGAGUGGCUCGGGCACGGAUUGGAGACGGAGGCUACUACAGAUGCGUUCUGCUGGGCACUCCUGCUUACAUUUAUGCCGAUCAUCGCUUUCAUGUGUCUGGAGUCUCAGCUGACCACGCAGGCGGGUGGUCCCAGGGCUCGCUGUUGACAAGAACCCAGAACCCCAAGUGGACCAGAACUGAAGUGGAGCAGGGGAAAACUGACCCUCCAACACGUCUGUGGACUCUUUGGACAUUUGGCACCAUCGCCACCGCCGUCGCUGUGGGCGUUGUCGUCGUCAUUGUUGUUGCGUCAGUCAAAGGAGUACUUUGCUUCACGGUCAAGAACAAAUCCAAAUACUCGGGCAAGAGUGGAAAAACUGAGUCAGACAACCAAGAGGCCACGGAGACGUCCGGCGUCAUCUACUCCACUGUAGAUUUCCGAAGCAAGCCGUCUGCUGUAAGGGCGCCUCACGGCGGUGGGGUGGAGUACUGCACCCUGGCCGUCCACCAGUGAGUGUGCAGCCACUUGCCCGCCAUGCCAGGA